AUUAGAUUGUGGAUUAGGUCACACGUAAAUGCAUUUUAACGACAUUUUUACUGAGAAUUUUGCGAGUCGGAUAGCGGAAGAUGUUUGUAUACGUACUGUCGUGUGUUGUAGCAAUCUACGUGGUGUAUAAAUUACACAUGGCUCGGCUGAAAGGUGUCUUUUCCAGUGGAAUCGACCUGGUCGGCAAGACAGUUCUGAUCACCGGUGCAAGUCGAGGUAUUGGUUAUGAAAUAGCUCUAGAUUUAGCCAAACGUAAUGCCCGGGUCAUCUUACCAUGUCGCAAUGUUGUACUUGGUCAAAAAGUGGUAGAAUCUAUCAAAAGUGAAUCUGGAAACACCAAUAUUAUUUCCAAAGAGCUGGAUUUAUCAUCAUUUAAAUCAAUCCGUCGCUUAGCAAAAGAGAUUAGAAAUGAAGAGCAAAGAUUGGACAUUUUAAUAAACAAUGCUGGAGUUACGGCUGGUCCUAAGAAAAUAACUGAAGACGGACUAGAUGAAACCUAUGCAAUCAAUUACUAUGGGCCUUUUCUCUUGACAAAUCUCUUGCUAGAUCUCCUGUCAAAGUCUUCACCAAGCCGUGUAGUGAAUGUCACUUCUAUCGCAUAUGAACAAGGUUUCAUUGAUUUUGCCGAUCUACGCGGCGUGCGUUUGACUUCGCUGAAAUAUCUCAUGAGAUCCUACGCAGAUAGUAAACUUGCUGUUAUUUUGGGAACUCGUCAACUAGCAAAGAGAUUAGCUGGAAUAGGUGUGACUGUUAAUUGCUGUCAUCCCGGUUCUGUGAACACUGGUCUUUUUGAUAGAAUGCCGUUUUAUGUACGGUUAUUUAUCAAGCCUAUUUCGGCAAUAUUUUUUCGGUCACCAAGAGAGGGUGCACAAACUCCAAUUUAUCUCUCCAUCAGUGAAAAUGUUCAGGGUAUCAGUGGACGGUAUUUCAGCGAGUGUAAACUGGAUAACCCAGCUAAAAAAGCACAGGAUGAUGUGGUUGCUAGGAAACUGGUUGAUGCUACAGAGAAAAUUGUGGGAUUGCAGUCAUGA